CUGUCUCGUGUUGGUCCUCAGAGGGAGAGAGCGCUGACGGAGACUGUGGUUACUUAGUAUUUCCAUUGGUAACUCGACGCGCUGAAGGGGGAAGGCAGAAGAUCCUGGCCGACAACGCAGUGAGACUUCCAGAAAUCCUUUUUACGACGUAGAGAAACGUUGCUUCUGGAGUUACGAUCGAUGGAGUAAUAUUGUUACUGACAAAAUAAAGUCAUGGAACUGUUAUGCGUAGUGCAGUACCUACAUGUACUUUUUUACAAUAUCAAAUGAAUGGAUGGAACAGAUGGAACAGAAAAAGGAGACAUUUGGAAGACUGCCAUAACAUGUAUUACCAUCAGAGAGUUAUUUUUUCCCACCGGAAAAAUACUAUCUUCUCAUUUAAACUUCCAUGAGGAUUAUAUCACACAUUCACUAGAGCUUUUGUUGAUUUAAACAGUGCUAAGUUACACAUGCGCCUCUCUUUUUAUGAACAGUUACUGCUGAACCCAAAAGAAAAAAAAUUGAUGGUCCGUCAUUAAACAUGAAAACUGGAAACAACUUCAGAACAAUAGAGGACAACAGGCAAUGCUUCUCUCAUCAAGCUUCUUAAACUCAUUGUGGGUUUAUCAGUGAUACUGCAAAAAUGAAAUGGACACUGCAUCAUUGUGUGUUGCUACUAUUGCUGGUCUGGAAUGCAGGGGCCUCUGAGAGAAGACCCCUAAGAAAGAAAAUGUUACGACGAACAUUCCUUCAGGGGGGGACUUUUAACAGGACACAGAAUAUGUUGUACUAUGGCAGUAUUACCCCUUCUGCUGAGGCUACAACUGUGUCCCCUAUGGCGAGGCAUCCUGGCAAUAAGCAGAGUGAAGAGAAAGCAGAGACUUCGAGAGGAGAGGGGCGGCCCGGCAGAAAAGUGAUGCUAAACAGGCGAAUACCUCAGCGACCAAAGACUUCCAUAAACAAGACUGUCCCUGGUAUAUCUCAGGACAACAGCAAACCAGGCGUGGCAUCUCAGCCUCAGUCCAAGACAGCCCACGUUGUACCCGGCAGCACAGCCUCUCUUAACAUCCUGGCCAGCUUUGCGGGCAAGAGCAGGGUUCUCGUCAUCUCCGCCCCACACGAGUCAGACGGGUAUUACCGCUUGAUGACGACCCUACUGAAAUCGGAUGUGUACUGCGAGAUGGCGGAGCGGCACAUGCAGGUGAUAGUGAUUUUCCACCAGGAGGGAGAACGGGGAGGUAAGGUGCGCCGGGUCAAUGCCAGGGGACAGGUGACAGAGGAGACCCUGGACACAGCCCUCAUCCCCAGGCUAAUGAACUUCCUUAAGUUGGAGGAGGGGAAGUUCGGCAUGGUUCUCCUGAGGAAGACCCUGCAGGUGGAGGAGAGGUACCCGUACCCAGUCAGACUGGAGGCUAUGUAUGAUGUGAUGGACCAGACCCCCAUGCGGAAGCUGGAGAAGGGCAGACAGAGGGGCUUUGUGCAGAGGUGCAAGGCGGCCGGUGUUGAGGGCCAGGUAGUUGGGUCCCAUGGACCAGUGGUCACAAGCUCAAAAGCCAGAGUGAACCCAACGGGGGAGAUGGUGCCAGUCAGGAAGGAAAUGGAGGGAAAAGAGCAUGGUACGACCACAACCACCACAAAACCUAUUACUACCACAAAAGCAACCACAACAAAAGCAACCACAACUACUACAAAGCCAACCACCACUAGAAAGACAACCACAACCACUACAAAACCAACAACUACUACAAAAGCAACCACCACAACAAAACCAACCACCACAACAAAACCAACAUCUACUACAACUACAACAAAACCACCCACAACAACAAAAGCAACAACCACCACUACCACAACCAAAAAAACAACCACCACAACAAAACCCACCACUAAAAAGCCCUGGGAACCCAAAAUGGCCACCACACACUGGGACCCAGAGGUCCUUACCACACACAAAUCCUCCAGAAUAUUCUCAGUGACCCACAAAGAUGACAUUACAGCAUCCUAUAGAGACCAAUACGAAGGAUUCACGACGGACGAUAUCAAAGAUUGCCGCCAAGUUGCUUGUCCAACUCAGCUCACUAACAACAAAUCAACCAAAGGUGUGGAAGAGCUGGGCAGUGACCUGAAGGUUGACGCGGAUGCAGAGGUGGAAACAGCGUCCCCUAAGAAGGGCAAGGUCAAGCAGCCUGACCAUGCAGAGAGGAGGAAAAAGGUGGAUAAAUCUGGGAAAAAAAGCAGAGCAGACAAGAGGAAAUCGAAGGCUGCUAAAGACAGUGAUAGCGGUUUUUAUCAUGGCAGGAAACCAGGGAAAAAGGGUGCCAUUAUCCAGAAUAAAGAUGCGGACACUGAAAGGCUUGCAAAACACCUAAGUCCCUUGGUCUCCUUUUUUAGUCAUUUUGAAAAGAGACAACGUCUUCUUGUGAUCACUACUCCAGAUGAGGAGAAUCGUAUGUACACACAGCAGAGAGAUGAGUAUCUGGAGCAUGUGUGUGAGCUGGGCCUGCGUAAGAUUUCACUUAUCACCAUCAUUGGCUCUCUGACCAAUGGCACCAUGAAGAUGGAUGAUUACCAGGCUGAGAGUGAUCAGCCUCUAAAAAGAAUAAAAGAAGAGGACCUUACAAACCAGUCGCUCAUCAGAGCUUUGCGAAAAGAGUUGGGACUGAUCUUUGAGGACUACUAUAUGGUGCUGACCGACUUUAAUAUGAAAGUAAAGCAGGAAUAUGAGGUGCCCAUUGCCAUGAAGGCUGUGUUUGACUACAUAGACACAUUUUCUUCACGUGUCAAGGAGAUGGAGCAGCAGGCGAAUCAGGGAUUGAUGUGCAAGAAAGAAGACAAAUCCAAAUCUUUAGAGAAUUUUCUUUCGAGAUUCCGAUGGAGACGCAGACUGUUCGUGAUUUCCUCCCCUGAUGAUGAGGAAUGGGCCUAUCAACAGCAGCUUUACGCCAUGAACAGCCAAGCUUGCAAUCUGGGCCUACGCCAUAUUUCUGUGCUGAAGCUGAUCGGGAAGGACUCCGAAGACUUGGGCGGAACCCUUGAGCUAUAUCCAAUCAAUGGGACUGCCACGGUGGAACGUGAGGAUGUCAAUCCCUCUCUGGUGAAUGACAUUAGGAACUACUUCCAGGUCAGCCCAGAGUACUUCUCUAUGCUCCUGGUGGGAAAAGACGGCAACAUCAAGUCCUGGUACCCGUCUCCGAUGUGGUCCAUGUCUAUCAUUUAUGAUCUGGUUGACUCCAUGCAGCUCCGUAGACAGGAGAUGGCUAUUCAGCAGUCCCUUGGCAUGCGCUGUCCUGAAGAUGAGUAUGGAGGGUACGGUCAUGACCGAGACCCAGAUGGUUACCACCGGGGAUAUGGAUACUAAGGGGUUUGGGAUGAGAUCUGGACAUUGACUAUAUGUUAACUAUUGGAAACAUGCAGUGAUAUGGGCCUCAUGGCAGCAUGCCAAUGUUUUUCUGUCUUUUGUCCUCUCAAGUGAGAUCUCUCAGCUCUCAUCCUGUACUUAUAUCAAAUAGUGUAAGGCAAAUAUUAUUAUAUCUACUAUGUUUAACGAUUCAUGAACCAGUUGAUUUACCUUUGUUCUCUGUUUCUUUCCGUUUCCACAUGAUUAUUUGGGGUACACAUCUAGCAGGCCUAUAUGUACAAUGAUUCUCUUGUUCAUUACCUCUUCAUCUCGAUUUUACUCUUUCACUAAAACACCAAAGUAAAUAAUUGUGCAAUGUGUGAAGCUGGUGGACAGUUCUAUAUUUUAACACAUUAAUAAUUUGACAGUAUUUUUCCCCUUGCCAGCUAAGAUUGGAGGGAUUACUCCCUCUCACUUUUCACGAAGGUAUAUUUCACCAUUAAACCCAUGUUGUUAACAACAAUGUGUGACCUUGUCUGUAAUAGUAGAGUAGAUGGGCAGUGCUGACUUUUUAUAGGCCGUUCCCCAGAGCACAGUGAACAAGGUGGGAAAUUAUAUUGCUAUGUUCUCCCUGGCUGAGCCAAUAAUGACAUGGAUUGGUAGAAGGAAAUCGAUAAUAAUGAAAUAAACCAUAUCAAUGGAAAGGAAGCUUUUACAUGCUUUUAUUUUGAUUAGUUAAUUUAUUUUCAUUCCAUAAGGUGGUGUCUGGCUAACAAGUGGUAAAAAACUGAACAACAAUCUCUGGUGAGAGCAUUAUAGCCUUUUCAGUUAGAGGUAAUUGUUUGUGUAUGUGUUCUAUGUUCUUGGGAAACGAAUAUUUACAGUGUUGUGUUUAGUUUGGUUGUAGUUUGUGAAUUAUGAUCAAUUGCUACUUUUUUGUGUGUGAUAUCCAUUGUUGGGGCACUGUAUACUGCAUUCAUAUGAAAAACUCUGGGACAUCAAUUGCAAGACCUUUGAUAUCACGUAAUUACGGGGUUUGACUUAUGGAAUAUUGUGAGUUUGAAUGUUAAUGGGUUAAAUCAUGAAAUAAAGAAAUA